UUAUUGUAGUCAUGGCGGAGAGGAGUGAAGCUGUCCACAGAUUCCACAGGGAGAUCAUGGAUGAAGGUGUUGUGGAGAAAUUGGCAGGGUUACCAACAAAGAUAUCCAUGUGCGACAAGGUCAAAAAUUCACUAAGGUCGAAUCUCAAUUCCAGGCGCUUAUGUCCCAGAGUGAUGAGCUCCCUGCUGAGUGCUCUGCCCAUUUUGUCGUGGUUGCCUCGUUACUCCAUCAAAGAAAAUGCUCUGGGUGACCUCAUCUCUGGACUCAGUGUGGGCAUCAUGCAGUUGCCGCAAGGUAUGGCUUAUGCCUUGCUAGCUGCAGUUCCUCCAGUUUUUGGCCUUUACACUUCCUUCUACCCCGUCCUCAUCUAUUUCAUCUUCGGCACAUCCAAGCACAUCUCAAUAGGAACAUUUGCAGUAAUUAGUGUGAUGCUCGGUGGGGUGACAGAGCGAUUAGCUCCAGACUCUGCGUUUAUGAUGUGGGACAAUUUGACAAAUUCGACUGUAUUAAAUGUCGCUGACCGAGAUGCAGAACGGAUAAGAGUGGCUACUGCUGUUACUUUGUUAACUGGAUUAUUUCAGAUCCUACUAGGCCUGGUCCAUUUUGGAUUUGUGGUGACCUACCUGUCGGAGCCACUUGUCAGAGGGUACACAACAGGCGCUGCAAUCCACGUUAUCGUGUCCCAGCUGAAAUACACAUUUGGACUUAGCCCCUUGAGAUACAGCGGACCACUCUCAUUGAUAUAUACGGUCUUGGAGAUAUGUUAUCUAAUUCCACAGACCAACGUCGGGACUCUGGUGGUCAGCAUUGUUGCCAUUGUUGGCCUCAUCCUAGCCAAGGAGCUCAAUUCAUACUUAAGUAAAAAAAUACCUGUCCCAAUACCUGUGGAGUUGCUUGCUAUUACCAUAGCUACUCUCGUGUCUUGGCAAAUCAACCUUCAGGGGAAAUAUGGAGUGGAUGUGGUUGGAGAAAUUCCAUCAGGGCUCCAGCCGCCUGUUUUCCCGGAUACCUCACUUUUUGUACAGGUGAUUGGGGAUGCAUUCGCACUGUCUGUGGUUGGCUACGGUAUCGCCAUCUCACUGGGAAGGAUCUUUGCACUGAAAUAUGGGUACAAGGUGGACAGUAACCAGGAACUAUUAGCCUUGGGGCUCAGUAACUUCAUCGGGGCAAUGUUCCAGUGUAUCACCGUCAGCUGCUCUAUGUCCCGCUCUAUGGUUCAGGAGAGUACGGGAGGGAAAACUCAGGUUGCCGGGGCGCUAUCAGCAAUUGUUAUUCUUUUCAUCACCCUUUGGAUUGGAGCUCUGUUUCAAGACCUUCCGAAGGCAGUUUUGGCGGCCAUCAUCUAUGUUAACCUGCAUGGCAUGAUGAAGCAAUUCAUGGACAUCCCCGCAUUAUGGAGGAGCAACAAAAUAGACAUGAUAAUCUGGAUCACCACUUUCCUCCUCACCUUAUUGUUGAAUCCUGACCUCGGACUGGCUGCCUCCAUUGGCUUCUCAAUGCUUACUGUCAUCUUUAGGACACAACUACCCAAGUACUCCAAAUUAGGGCAGAUUCCAAACACAGAAAUAUAUAGGCCUUUGGAGGACUACACUGAGGUGAGAGAAGUGCCGGGUAUUCUGAUCUUUCGAUCUUCAGCCACACUUUACUUCGCCAAUGCUGAGAUGUAUCAGGAUGCACUGGGAAAAAAGUUUGGCUGUGACAUCACCAAAAUUCUGUCAGCAAAAAAGAAACUUGAAGCCAAAAAAAAGAAGCAUGAGAAGCAAAAGGCCAAAAAUGGUGAAAAAAACAUUGUUACAGACAUGGAUAUAGCCACCAUUGAGAUGGAUUCUGAGCCUAAUCCCUCAUUGCCCAGGGCCAUCAUCCUCGACCUCAGCCCUGUCAACUUCUUGGACACAGUGGGAGUCAAGACUUUGCGUGGUAUUGUCAAAGAUUAUGGCGAAAUCGGUGUGGAGGUGAUGCUCGCAUCUUGCCAAACUGGCGUCAUAGAAAAUCUGCACACAAGCAAUUUCUUCAAUGAUAGAGUGACACUGUCUCGCCUCUUCGCCACCAUCCAUGACGCUGUGCUUUUCAUUCAGUCGGAGCAAGUGCAAAUCAAUGAGGAGAUCACUGCAACACGUUUCUGAGUGCUCUGCAGGAUUGGGUAUAAUUUCAUGAAGAUGAAAGACUGCAAGGAGAUUAUACUCACUGGGCGCGGGUCUAGAGACAGACAUUUACAGAAUGACAUCCCAGAGGAAAACAACAGAAUGCAAACAAAGGUCAUAAUUUAGGUUUGUGUACAGAAUGUACGAACAGGCCACAUUGGAAUGGAUUGUAAGCGGUUUUAAUGGAAACAAGGGAUAUUAAUGUUAGAAUUUGACUCCUGAUACAGCUUUGGAAGAUUUUAUAGCCCAUCUGUUGUAUGAAUUAAACAUUCCAGAAUUCCAGGUAGAUACGAAACAGCAGCUUUUCACCCCACACCAUUGUGAAGUACUCUUCAAAAUGAUUACUUUUGAAAUAUCAAAUACACAUCUACAAGUGUGGCGAGUGGGCAGCCAAAAUAGCAAGGUUAUUUUGGGACAGGAAAUCAGAUUUACAGUACAGGCCAAAGAUUUGAACACAUUUCAUUUAGUGAAAUGCAAAUGAGGGUUUCAACCCCAAUGAUAAAGCAAGAAAUUCCACUUGUCGAAAAUAAUAAGGCAUACCUGGGACGUGAAAACCAUUUCAGGUCGCUAUCUCAUUGUGAGAAUGCUGAGAGUGGUUCCAAAUAGUAAUUAGAGUAAAGGGUGGCUACUUUGAAGAAACUUGAA